AUGAGUUUGAUCGGCGAGACCAUGAACUCCUUCAAAUCCCUGCAGUUCCGGCAGGUCCUCACUCAGGCCGUCAAGCUCUGUAUGAUUGUUACAUCUUUACUUAUAUUUUGGAAGGCAGUGAUGUUCUUUACUGGCACUGAAUCACCUGUUACUGCUGUUCUCUCUGGAAGUAUGGAACCUGCUUUGAGAAGAGGGGACCUGGUGUUCUUGCACAUGAGUAAAGAACCCAUUCGUGAAGGAGAAAUUGUCGUUUUUAAAGUUGAUGGCCGUGAGAUUCCAAUUGUCCAUCGUGUCAUUGAGGUUCAUGAAAGAGAAGGUACCGGAGAAGUAGAUAUCCUCACAAAAGGAGAUAACAAUCCCGGGAAUGAUAGACUUCUCUAUGCUCCGGGUCAGCUGUGGCUUCAGCAGCAGCAUAUCAUAGGCAGAGCUGUAGGGUUCUUACCUUAUGUUGGCUGGGGCAAAAUUAUCCUGACUGAGAAUCCAAUUGUUAAGUACAUUCUCUAUGGCGCAUUGGGGUUGCUUGCUAUAACUUCAAAGGACUAA